AUGGAUCCGUCGAUAAAUACCAGCCUUUCUCAGCUCUCGCCUGAGGCCCGGUUAGGUUACCAGACUCAAUUAAAACAGACCUUAGAGAAGAUAAAAGGUGAACACUCGCCAACGCAUCAUUAUCUGAUUGAUGCAAUUACCAAGUUAAUGACUCAAUAUUUAGUGCCGGACCAUCGCUGCAGCAAUAUCACAGAAAAGAUAUCCCAGGUUAUUGGGGCUUCAACGAUUCAAAAGGAUGAUGGCACUAAAUACAUUGACAACGAAAAGGCCUUUACUGGCCUGUAUAAGUACCUUUCAGCAAACCCUAUCCUACCAGUGAGUGAUCAGCCGAUUCCUAAUAUAAAAAGACUACUGGAAACUAUCAGUGUUCUUAUUGAUAUUCAAAACGAGAUUAACCGGACACACUCCUUAAUUAAUAUGCAUAUUCAGAAUCAAACCCCCACGCAUUUCCCAGAUCCUAAAGUCAAGGCCGAAGUAGCAGUCAUAUCAGCCAUUCUAGAUAAUAAUGUCCAAGACUUGGCCCAGCCAGCAAACAUUCGUAUCAAAACUCUAGAAGGAAUGACCAUUCAAAGGUGGUUCCCUAAGCUUGUGGAACUCCAGCAAGCUGAGCCAGACCCAACCCAGCAACUCGCUCUAUUUAUCUAUAUAUGCCGAUUGCAGAAAGCGUACAAAUAUAUACAAACCACUAACUUCAACUUUCCUCAUGCCGCCUCAAAGAUUGACCCCGGCCAGCUAAUAAGCCCAUAUCUACAGGAAUUCAGCGCCUGUCUAACCCAGCACAAUAUACCCCGUGAUGUUAAGUGGCAGACAGAAGAACUGCAGCUUAGACGGCAGUUAUCCACCGAGCCGACUAGUUGGGCACAUUCUUUCUUCAACGAUCCAACCCAACGAUACCGGCUAGAAAAAGGCGCAGCCCCGGCUUUAUCGCUCAAUGACUUUAUUCGGGCCAACUCCAUUAUCACGCCAACUCGGAUACGUCUGGGUGGAGAUCUAGGUCAGACGCCCACUCCGAAUGAAAUUGAUGUGGCCGCUAAUAACCAGAAUUUCCCCGUCAACCCUAGUGCCUUUCUUAAAGCCAAAUCAGAUAUGGCUCCAGAUGCAUCGGGCAAAAUCCCAAUAGCCGAUGUCACAAUGACCUUUCUAUCUAGGAACAAGGCAGACAACCAACCCAUCGUGGUGUACAAUAUUGAUCAUAGUCAGUCAUUUGAUCUUAAGAUUAGUGUGGAGGAAGAUCUGGAUGACCCCGAUUACAAGCACCGGAAAACUCUCUUUGAAACACUAAUCUACCACACAAAAGCCCUGAUCUUCUUCUGCGGUGUCAUCAUCGCAGCUAUUCUGUUGUUUAUGGCGUGGUUAGAUAUUGCGCAUGGUACUAAGCUUAUGAUUUGGCUGGUAGAAGUCUGUAACUUCCCGCCAAUGGUAACGAGUUUUAUCAUGGUUGCGUUUGUUACGAGUGUUAUCAAUCCACUCAUCGCCUGGAUUCUCUAUUAUAGCGUGGUUCAAAACAAUCCGAUAUUCAAAAGACACCAAAAGCUAUUCACAUCACACCGAUUUGCCUUUAUGUUCAUGGCACUCCUAACUCUUUCCUUUUUCAACGAGUGGUACCUAAUGAGUCUGGUAGAUGCAUUUAUUAUUUCUCUUGCCGCUCUUUCUGCUAUUGUCGCAUUCAUAAUUUCCAUGUACCUUGUGCGGCGGCUGGUCUGGAUGUGCCGAACCCGAUUCCGUGGCUAUACAGAUCAGUUUAAAAUCUCACAACAAGCCGGGCCACAUUAUACUCGGUACCAAGUGAACGCAGACUGGUUGCUAGGAUGCUUCUACGUUCUAAUGCUACUUCUGAUUAUUGUGAUAGUUACGCUCGGUGGCUACUACACCGUCACAUACCGCCAUCUAUAUAGUACCUUCCUAACUGCAAAGGAGCAACUACCCAUUGAAGCUAAUAGGGCAGCUAUAGCAAAGAUAGCCUAUGAUAACGUACUCAAAGCUACCCAAAAAGGAGCUUAA